UUCCCGAGCCGGCGAGCCCGCCCGCCAUGGAGGGGGACGGCCCUGCGGCGGCCGUCGGCGCCAGCUACACGCCGGCCGGCCCGCCACGGGCCGCCUGUGUCUACAGCAGCUGCUACUGGUGAGCUCUCUGCUAAGGCGCCUUGGAAUGCAGCAGAAGAUGGUUCAGGUCAUUGAACUCCUGUACCCACAUGGAAGAAAGCCCCCCUGAAGAAGCUCCUGGCUCCUGGCUUCAGAUUAACCCAGCUCCAGCUGUUACAGCCAUUUGAGGAGUGAACCAGUGAAUGUGAGGAAAAUGUUUGGAAGCUCUGUGAACACAUCAAGAACCAUGACCAGUACCCUUUGGAAGAGUGCUACGCUGUCUUCAUCUCUAAUGAGAGAAAGAUGAUCCCUAUCUGGAAGCAACAGGCGAGACCUGGGGACGGACCUGUUAUCUGGGACUACCAUGUGGUUCUGCUUCAUGUGGCCAGUGGCGGACAGAGCUUCAUUUACGAUCUGGAUACCGUCUUGCCCUUUCCCUGUCCUUUUGACACUUACGUGGAAGAUGCCUUCAAGUCUGAUGACGACAUUCAUCCACAGUUCAGGAGGAAGUUUCGAGUGAUCCGUGCAGACACCUAUCUGAAGAACUUUGCUUCUGACCGAUCGCACAUGAAGGACUCGCGUGGGAACUGGAGAGAACCGCCACCGCCCUAUCCCUGCAUUGAGACCCGAGAUUCCAAAAUGAACUUGAAUGAUUUCAUCAGCAUGGACCCUAAGGUGGGAUGGGGAGUUGUCUACACACUCUCUGAAUUUGCGCAUCGGUUUGGCAGUAAACACUACUGAACUUCACAACAGGACCUGGAAUUGUGGAGAAAUGAAGGACACGAACAAGCCAUCCCCUCAAGUGGGACAAUGAACAUCGUGAUACAGUGACAGUGGGCCUGGAUUUACUGCUUUCACUCUUAUAAUUCAAAUGAGUAGAACCAUGAAGGAACACGAGUAUAAACAAACUAAGACUUCUUUUUGAUAUGUCAAGUCAAAACUUGACAUAGUGCGUAAUUGCUAAGAUAGUCCA